UUCCUCGCCUUCUUCUUCGUCGUGUCGUCGCCGGAGCUCAAAAACCGACUGGGAACAAAUCCCCGGCAGACGGAACAGCCGGAGCCACGGUCAGUGACAAAAAAGGACAGGUCGAUCGCGAAGCAGACGGAGUGAAAGGUCAACUCAGUAAGACCUUAUUCCUCCUUCUCCGUCUUCUUCUCGCCAAUCUUCAUGCCGAUGUUUGAGUAGAGGAGGAGCUCAGAGACGGAAGAACGAGAGGCGAUGUCGUACGGCGGGUUUGGGAUCCAAUCGGGCCCUUCAGUUCCUCCAAGAAAUGUCAAUUUCGGCCAGUUCUCCCGCCCGCCUUCUUCCUCACCAUCUCAGCCGCUCCAAACACCUCCGCAAGCUCCUCCAUUCCCCCGUCCUGCUCCUCCCUUCCCUCGCCCUGUUCCCGUUCGAUCUCCUCUCAGACCUGAAGGUGUAGACAGAGGGCAGUCCCCACUUUUCUCUUCUGGAAGCAACUUUUCUGCUUCACGUGUUCCUUUGUCAGCUCCAGUUGCCCAGAGGCCAAAUGAAUUCUUUCCAAAGGCGGUUGAGGGGCAAAAACCUUUUUAUAAGGAUAAUAUUCCGCAAGUUAAUCAAAGGUCUUCUGCUAUCACUUCAUUGGUUGCUUCGCGUAAUUCUGGUACUAGCAUCAGUGCAAAGAUUGCCAGAUCCCCAGAUCAAAGAAGCAAUUUGCCUGUACAGACUAUGCAAAGAGACACUACCAGCAAUUUUGCUUCACACUCACGGCCUCCGUUAUCUUAUGAAGACAUCUAUGAAUCUGAGGAACCCUAUAUAUCUCCGAUUGAAGCCCAACGUACCUCCGGCCCACGACCAGCUCGAUCACCCCCUUUGGCUUUGAGGAACAACUAUUCACCCCCUGAAAUUCCUCAUUAUGGGGAAGCUCAACGGGCCGCCACAAUUUCCACCACUUGGAGCAGUCAAGCCAAGUCACCAGGCAACUAUGCCUAUUCCACAGCUCAUAAAGACCCAUCCCUGGCCCCAACUUAUAUCAGGCCUUAUGAUUCGCAAAGAAGUCCUGUAAAUGAGCCCGUGGAUGUUGGAGUACCCAGAAAUAUCAAGUCUCCUCCUUUACCAAUGACCAUUGACAUAUCAGCUCAGAACUCGCAGUUCGAAAAGUUUGAACCUAAGAGGACUACGCCACCUCCUUCAUCAUCAAUUACCAAGCGAGAAAUCCUCUUUAAUCGCCCUCAACCUAGUAAUCGGCAGACUUCUUCAUCCCCGAAUAUGGUCCCUCAGGCUCCAGCGACUAAAUCUGAUGGCUUUCUUGUUCCUAAAAGAACAAGACCAUUAUCUCCACCUUCGGCUGAUCAAGAUUUUCAAAAUCGCCUGAAUGCUUCUUCAUCUUUCUUGGACAGAACUGCUGAAGCUCCUGCAACUAAAUCUAGCAGUUCUCCUAUUUCCAAAAGAACCAGGUCGCCUUCUUUGCUGCCUUCCAACCAAGAGUCACAGCAGCAGUUCCAUUCUUCUCAUGAUGAAAUUGAACGGGAGAUGCAGGCGAAGGCUAAGCGACUGGCGCGCUUCAAAGUUGAGUUGAUUGAAUCUCCGCAGAGCGGCUCUGAGUUUAUUGAUUCGAAAGUCGCUUCUAUGAGACGUGAUACUUCCAUGGUGGAGGGGGGCAAUCUCUCUGGAAAAGCUUCUAUGGAGUUGUCAGAGGAUUACCCAUCUAGUGACCCUGUACAGGAUUAUGACGGCUCGGAACCAUCGGGUAUCAUUAUUGGGUUAUGCCGAGAUAUGUGUCCAGAGUCGGAAAGGGCAGAACGUGAGCGGAAAGGAGAUCUAGACCAGUAUGAACGCGUGGAUGGAGAUAGAAAUCAAACAGCUGAGUUUCUUGCUGUGAAGAAGUACAAUAGGACAGCAGAGAGGGAGGCAAACUUGAUAAGGCCCAUGCCGGUCCUACAAAGGACAAUGGAGUAUUUGCUAAGUCUGCUGGAUCAACCUUAUGAUGAUCGGUUUCUUGGCAUAUAUAACUUCCUCUGGGAUAGGAUGAGAGCUGUCCGAAUGGACCUAAGGAUGCAGCACAUUUUUAACAUUGAAUCUGUGAAGAUGCUUGAACAAAUGAUCAGACUUCACAUAAUCGCCAUGCACGAACUGUGCGAGUAUGAGAAGGGGGAGGGCUUCUCGGAGGGAUUCGACGCGCACCUCAACAUAGAGCAAAUGAACAAAGCAUCAGCUGAAUUGUUCCAAUUGUAUGAUGAUCACAGGAGGAAAGGAAUAGACGUGCCCACUGAGAAGGAGUUUAGAGGAUAUUACGCGCUCCUAAAACUGGACAGGCAUCCUGGAUAUAAAGUUGAACCUGCAGAACUUUCACUUGAUCUUGCGAAGAUGACUCCAGAGAUAAGGCAAUCAUCAGAGAUCCGGUUUGCCCGUGCUGUAGCAAGGGCAUGUAGGACAGGGAACUUUAUUAGUUUCUUCCGGCUUGCAAGAAAAGCAAGUUACCUUCAAGCUUGCCUGAUGCAUGCGCACUUUGCUAAGUUACGAUCCCAAGCACUUGCUUCCCUGCACUCUGGUCUACAGAGCAACCAAGGUCUCCCUGUUUCUGUUGUCGCCAGUUGGCUUGCAAUGGAGGAAGAAGACAUAGAGAAUGUUCUAGAGUACCAUGGGUUUGUCAUAAAGGAGUUUAAAGAGCAAUACAUGGUGAAAGAAGGUCCAUUUCUCCACAGUGAUAGGGAUUAUCCUACUAAGUGUUCCAACCUCGUUCACCUAAAGAAGUCUCCUAGGAUAGUGGAUGAUGUUCUGUCUUACCGAUCCAUAUCCUCACCUUCCAAGAAAGGGACAAAAGCUCAGUUGGAUAGAAGCUUCAGUAUACAGAAGAAGACUCACUUACCUGCAGAAAAGAGAAGUCAAAUGGAAGAAGAUGAAAAAUCAGAUGAUUCCAAAGCUAGGCAAUCACCGAAGCAGAACAAUCAAGAGCAUUUACCCUUCAAACUUCCUGCAGUAAGUCGAGAAAAGGAAAGCAGCCAGACAGUGGCCUCAUCUGCAAAUUUAUCCUGGAACUUUCCUAUGACUCCUCCCUCGCCCAAAGUUCCGCCAAUUAAUUUUGGGGAAACAUUCAAGUUCGGUGAUAAUUCGAGAAAUUCUUUGAAUUUCCCAAUGACUCCGAGCUCGCCUAAAGCACCUUCAUUUAAUAUAGUGGAUAACUUUAGUAAUAAUUCAAGGAGUUCUCUUGAUACGAGUAUUCCUUCUGCAAUGGAAGUGACGCUGCCGCCAGUUGUUCCAGCAAUGUUCCCACAAGACAUGUCCCUUGGGGUUUCCAACGGUGCUUUUGAAAAUUCCUUGGUUAGGAGUGAAGCCAUAAGCGGCUUGGAAAAUGAAGAACCUCUGAAUGAAUAUCCUCAAGAGUUUGAAGAUGACCUAGACAUAUGUCAAAAAAAUGCAGCAGAAGAAGUUUUGGUUGAGGAUGAAGACAAAGAAGUGGCUGAAGCAAAACUGAAGCUGAUUCUGAGGUCGUGGAAGCGGCGGUCUUCCAAGAGGAGGGAGUUGCGCGAGCAGCGGCAAUUAGUGGGAGCUGAUGCAUUGAAUACGUUGACAUUAGGGCCGCCUAUCCAAAGGAAGAAAGAUCAUGGGGGCAGCUUUGGCAUUUUUGAUAUUGACCGCAUAACAAGGGCGAGAUACGGAAAGCAUGAGCAAUCAUGGUCAAGGCUGAACGUUGCCGAUGUGGCAGCAUGCACACUCACAGAUAGAAACCCAGAAGCUAAAUGCCUCUGCUGGAAAAUCAUUUUAUGCUCCCCAAUGGAUGGUUCAGAUAGUGAGAUGCGCAAUCAGACUUGCCAAGGCACCCACUUAACAGCAUUGGAUUGGCUGCUUGCAAAGUUGAUGCCGGGCAAAGACGAGGAGGAUGAUGAACUAGUCCACUCUAAUCCUGGUCUUUCAAUAUGGAGGAAAUGGGUAGCGCCCCAAUCUAGGUCUGACUUAACCUGCUGUCUGUCUGUAGUUAAGGACAUAACUUACAGUGACAAUCUGAAUGAAUCUGUCCUUGGAGCAUGUGCUGUUCUUUUUCUUGUGUGUGCGGGGAUCAGUUUGGAACAUCAAAAGAUCAGACUUCGGAACCUUUUGAACUCAUUGCCCCCAGGUUCCCAAUUGCCUCUUCUGAUACUAUCAGACUCAUUCACCAAAGAGGCUCCUUCAGCUAUUAUUAGCAACUUAGGCCUCCAUGAAGUUGACCCAUCAAGGGUAGGCAGUUGCACAGUGGUCUUCCUAAAUGAAGAUGAACAGACGAACCACUUGGAUGGGUUUUACAGUGACCGGCGGCUUAGGGAAGGGCUGCAAUGGCUCGCAGGGAAAUCGCCUCCUCAACCUGUUCUUCUCAGGGUGCAAAUGCGCGGUCUCGUUCAAAGCCAUCUGAGUUCGUCACUAGAAAUUCUUGGGAGAACUGGUGCUGCAGUGGAAGUAAACCGGUAUGUAUCUGCCUUCAAUGAAGCUGUGGAUCAAUCAUUCAGUAAAGUUAUAAGUGCUGCAAAUUUGAACGCUUCGGGUUGGCCUUGCCCCGAGAUUGUUCUGCUGAAUGAGUUUUGUGAUGAGCGGAGAUUUGCUGAGCAGUAUUUACCCACCAUAAAGUGGAGCUCAGACUCGAAGAUCAAUCCUCUUUUGUCUGCCCUUAGAGACUGUAAGCUUCCCAACUUCGACGAUGACAUUUCGUGGUUGAAUAGAGGUUGUUAUAUAGGCGGGGACAUUGAGAUGCGGAGAUUGCUACUUGAAGACUUCUUGAUUAGAUACCUCACAGAGUCGACGAAUAUAAUGGGAAACCCACUUGCAAGAAGCGAGGCUUCUUUAAUGGUGCAAAGGAAUGUCCGACUUGAGCUCAGAGACUCUGCCUACUUUAUCAUUCCCAUGUGGGAGCCAAUAUUCCGGAGGAUAUUCAAUUGGCGGUUGAUGAGUUUGUCGCGAGAGGACCUCUCCACAUGUUAUAUCCUCGAGCAAGAUGCUGUACCGCUUCAAACUUCGCAUGUUUCUGAACCGAUAAAUGAAGAAGGCAUGCUUCUGGAUCAUAGUUUCGAAUAUCCAUCUCUAGACGAAAUGCUUCAAGUUGGUCGCUCUCUUAGUCCUUUGGUGGAACCUGAUGCACAGCCCAAGAUUUCGGAACCUAUCAACGGGUCCAUGUCUAAUGGUGGAGUCCACCACAGGGAAGAUCAUACUGAGAGAGAUGGAGAUCAACUGAACAGAGAAAUGGCUUCAAGAGGUGAUACUGCUGAUUAUACGAUUAGUAAUGCAUCGAGAAGUAGAGGUAGCAUCGGGUUUGAUUCGACUGAGGUGAGCGAGCAAACAGAAAAUUUGAGCAGGUUACUGCAGCAAUGUAACAUAGUGCAGAAUGUGAUAGAUGAGAAGUUGUCUCUUUAUUUCUGUUAGUAGAGCUGAUUUGAUUGCUGUGGUGGAAGAAUUUUUCUCUGUUUUUUUUUCCACAGUACAUAUAAUGAUACUUCCACCUUAUGCGGCUCGAGUUAUAUAUGUGCAUACUCGCACGCAGUCUUUGUGCAGUGCGAUCUCCUUGUUUGA